UAUUCAAGUGGAUGGCUUAAGCCGUUACAAACUGUUAGUUGCUCCUGAUAAUUCUCAGUGAUUUAUUCUUAUCACAUGGUGUUCAAAAAGUAAAUGUACCUUCAAGGAGAUUAAAAAUCCUGAGUUACAAUGUGUAAGAAAUAUAUAUUCUCCAUAUUGUGUUUCAUGGCCAUAAAUGAUAUAGCAAAAACGGAUAAUAUUCCCUGCUCAGCCAGGCUUGAACAAUAUGGCUACGUUUGUGUGUGCAAUGAGACAUACUGUGAUACUGUGGAGAGACCUUCCCAACUUCCCCGGGGACAAUACUACCAUUACAUGACAUCUGAGGACAGUCCAGGUUUUACUAAAACUGUGGGGACAUUUGUCAAUAUCUCUGACAUAUCCAACAUCUCAAGUGAUGUGUCUAUCUGGGUGAAUAGCUCUGUAACAUACCAGACAUUCAGUGGGAUCGGAGCCGGUAUCUCAGACAGUUCAGGCAUCAACUUCAACACUCUAUCUUCUAAUUCGAAGCAGAGAUUUAUUGAAUCUUACUUUGGAGUAAAUGGCAUAGAGUAUACUUUUGGGAGAAUUCCUGUAGCAGCUACAGACUUCUCAAUGAGAUUUUAUUCCUAUGACGAUGUACCUGGAGAUGUUGAUUUAAAAUACUUUAACCUAACAGAAGAGGACUUCACUCUCAAGAUACCCCUGAUCAAGAUGGCAAUGGCUGCAAGUAAGAGGGGUUUAAAACUUGUGGCCACCCCAUGGACACCUCCUUCUUGGAUGAAAACAAAUAAUAAUUCAAGAAUUGCCUAUCUCUAUUCACAAUAUCACCACACAUGGACAGCAUAUUUGCUGAAAUACUUUGAAGCCUAUAGUGAAAAUGGGAUAAACUUCUGGGGCUUAAGUCAAGGUAAUGAACUGAUACUUGGCAUGAUGGUCCACUUUCCAAUGCCAAACUUGGCAAUGAUGCCAGACCAACUUCGCUCCUGGACUAAAUAUCAUCUUGGACCUAUGCUUAGAGCAUCAAAUUUCAAAGAUGUAAAAGUUAUCACAUUGGAUGAUGAACGACCCUUCUUACCUUGGUUCAGUAACAAUGUAUUUUCUGACAAAGAAGCUGCUCAAUACAUUGAUGGAAUUGCCUUACACAGUUACUUUGAUAGUGACAGCAAUAUUGAUUACCUUCAAGAGUUCCAUAACAAUUACCCUGACAAAUUCAUAUUGUACACAGAAAACAGUCUAAGAGGAUUUGGAAGCAAAGCAGUUAAAUUAGGCAGCUGGGAUGAUGCUACUAAUUAUAUCACCAAUUUAUUUCAGACAUUUAAUCAUUGGGUUGUUGGUUAUAUGGACUGGAAUAUAGUCCUUGACGAGAAUGGUGGACCCUCAGAGGGCAACUCUACACAUCUUGAUUCUCCAGUCAUAAUUAAUGUAACCAAUGGUGAAUUUUACAAACAACCUUUAUUUUACGCUUUGGGACAUUUCUCCAAGUUCCUGCCUCCAGGAUCCAUUCGAGUUCAUGUCACAACUAACCAAAACAUCUCUGAUAUCAGUAAAGAGGAAGAACAGUUUCUUGAUCAAAUUUUAAGAGAACAAUCAGAUGCAGCAACUUCUCCGACAGGACAACCAGGUCCACCCGGGCCUGGACCUACCACUGCUCCCAGUACCACGAUCCUCGCUCUGGGGGCUGUAAACCCAGAUAACAGCCACACUCUCAUUAUAUACAACCCGAGGUCAGAGCAGGUGAAUGUGACAGUAACAGAUGAAAGAGUGGGAACAUUUCAAGAGACUAUACCUCCACAUUCUCUCAACUCAUUUGUUUACUGGUGAUAUUCAACACAGCAUCUUCACUGUAACUUGUAGCAUAGCAACUCGUGAUAGUGUCAAUGAUCCAACAAGCACAGCUUCUCUAAUGUUAAGAAUUAGAAUAAUGUACUUUUUAUUAAGUAUUGUACUGACUU